UAGGUUGUCAAUCUUAUCGGGGAGGCGUGGCCAGCACUAAUAAAGACUGGGAACCGCACAGCAGUUGCAGCAAGUUCCACCGCAGCUAGAGCUCCGGGUGGUCAACUAGACGUGGAACUCGGCAGUUCCGUCGACUUCAGCCGCAGCGUUCCUCUAGUGGGGUGUCUCGCCGCAGCCUCCGGAGAGGAGACCGACCCUUACUCUCAGAGAAAUGUCUGAUCCAGCUCAGCCACCCACUGAAGGGGCAGAAGGGACUGCCCCAGGUGGGGGUCCCCCUGGCCCUCCUCCUAAUACGACCAGUAACAGACGACUACAGCAAACCCAGGCACAAGUAGAGGAGGUGGUGGACAUCAUGCGUGUAAAUGUGGACAAGGUCUUGAAGAGGGACGAGAUACUGUCAGAGCUGGAUGACCGAGCUGACGCCUUGCAGGUGGGAGCAUCACAGUUUGAGAGCAGUGCUGCCAAGCUAAAGAGGAAGUAUUGGUGGAAAAACUGCAAGAUGAUGAUCAUGCUGGGAGCUAUCUGUGCCAUCAUCGUGGUAGUUAUUGUAAUCUACUUUUUUACUUGAGAAUGUGCCACCCCUUCCCUGUGCUCCAUUGCCAUCCAAACUCAUGUUCCUCUCCUUGUUUGCUCUCUCAACAGACUUCCCUAUCUGUCUUCCUCCAUCCCAGCCCAGGCUUCUCCAUCACCCAUUCCUCCUUUUCUGUUGCUUUCAUUUGCACUAUGUCCCUCCACACUAGAAAUGCUGCUCGUGGUGCAGUCUUGAAAUAAUUACCUGAAGAGCAACAGCUGGCACCUCCUGCCUACCUUCUUCUUAUAUACUCGCAAAUUCCUCCAAAGCUGAAAAGAGAUGGAGGCCAAGGGAAGGGGAUGGGGUGUACCUGUAGUGACAUGUCCAAGAAAGUUCCAAAAUUGGGGGAGGAGAAGGAUAUCAGUGCCCAUGGUGCCUCCAGGAAAAGCCAGGCCACUGGCAGGAGGAAGCCAUGAACCAUGAACACCUGUGACAAGGGUGGCUCACUCGGGGCUGCCCUGGUCACUUGGAGCUCUUCUCCUAUGCCAGGCCUGAAGAGGAUCCUGGGUGGGCACAAAGUCCAACUUGGUCUUGGUACAGUACCCUCUUAGAUAGUAAAACCUGGUUUUUGCAGUUAUUUCUAAUCUGUUAGUCCAAGAUUUUUCUACGUCUUCAGGGGUCUUACAGCCUUUUACUUUGUUCUCCAGAGACCUGGAGAACACAUAUUAAUUGUGAAAAUACCAGAACUCUCAUUGCCACCCUAGAAGCAGCCCCACAAGUUCAUAACUAGAAGGGGCUGUCUCUUGUCCCUAUUUCCUGCAGCAUUCUGUACUAAUUCAUGAGAGCCCCAAAUAAUUUCAUAUAGCUAAAGUUUGGGAUUCUCGGUUAGUUUUAAUUAUUGACAUCGAUAAAGAGAGGAUGCCUACUAGUUAGAGAGAGAAAGUGGAUAAAGCUAAUUUGAAAAUAAGCUCAGAGGAAGCCACUUCUAGCCCUCUUAAGGAGGGUCUUGUUCCUCCCUUCCUGUUGAUGAAGGACGGUGGGAGUCCUUGGACUUUCAGGGGCUUCCUGCACGCCACCCCCCCGUGCAUUUGCCAAAGACAGGGAUGAGGCAAGAUAUCCUUCCUGAGACCUGGCCGAUUCUGAGUGUUUAGAGAAGCCCAAUUUACCCUCCAACUCAGUGUUGGGGUGGGAGGCGGGACAGCCUGUGCUGUCAUGGGGCCCCCUCGUCUAGAGCCACCUCUGCUCUUCCUGCACUGCAGUCCCUUUCUAGCCAGGCACCCACCCGAACUCCACUUUGCCUCCUUUCCUUUAUCCUCUACGUGGUUUGUGGGUGCAGACAGUGGGAUCUCAGGGUGGGAGCUACUCAGCCUGUCUUGGGGGCUUCUGGUGGGCUUCAGGAUAGGGUAUCAAGUGAGAUAGACCCGAGGGGGGGGCAGGCAGGCUGGGAACAGAAGGGGAAGCACCUGUGUUCCUGCAUGCCUUCUGUUCUCUGGUCCACUAGCAGGAAGAGGCUGAGGCCGGGCUAGGCUAGGCCUGGAUGCUCACUUUCCAUGCAGCAGCAUUUCAUUGCGUAAAACCAUCUUUCCUGUCCCUUUGCCC